AACACCGGGUGAGAGGUGACCUUUAAUUAGCACCAUGGCUUUUGUUAAUCAGUUAUGAGGGGAACUGUAAUGAGAACCAACCAACAGACAAUCCAAUCGUGUUCGUUAUGCAUCUAAAGGGAAGAAAAUGAACGGAUAAAGGGAAGGACUACCUGGACUUGUCCAAUAACAAAUGCAUAUUUCUGUUUUCUAUUGCCAAAUGUGUUUUGACGGUUGCCACACAACCCAGCUCAUCAUAACAACCCGGAGUGGGAGGUACUCUAUCCGAUUCUAUUACCGCUAAAGAUAGAAGAGGAAGUUGGAACGGAACAUGUUUUUUUCUCCCGUGCUGUAUUUUUAUAUUCCCCGUCUCAUCCUUCAACCUGCUCUUGGGGUCCAUGUAGCGAAGCACUGUGAGGAAUACUAAUUUGAAGAAGAGGGACGGUGAUUGAUAGAAACUCAUAGAGUUCUGACUUGGAGAGGCUUGAGAGAGGCGUGCGCAUGGGGAAGUUUAUUGGAACCCGCGCAGGAUGUCUCAGGUUCGCGCCAAGCGUUUAUUUCGUUAUGAUGAUUGAAGACGUUGCCUCGUCAGAGGAGAGGAUCAACUGCUUGGCUCAACCUCACUCAGUCCCGACAGGACACAGCGGGCCAAGUGCGCACGGAGCUGAAUUCGGCCACCUGCCCGACAACAUUACAGUGCUGGAAGGAGAGAGCAUCAUUCUGAGGUGUAAAAUCGACGAGGAGGUGACACACAAGGCAUGGUUGAACCGCUCAAACAUCCUGUUUGCGGGGACAGACAAGUGGUCGCUGGACAGACGGGUGUCGCUGGUCAACAGUAACACCAGUGACUUCUCCAUCCAGAUAGAGAGGGUGGAGGUGGCUGACGAGGGGCUGUACACCUGCAGCUUCCAGGCCAGCAACAAGCCCCGCAUAGCCCACGUCUUCCUCAUCGUCCAAGUGCCAGCCAGAAUUGUCAACAUCUCCCAAGAUGUGUCAGUGAACGAGGGGGGCAACGUAUACCUCUUCUGUCUGGCGGUGGGACGACCUGAACCCACUGUCACCUGGAAGGAGAACAAAUAUGGUCUAAUGAGUGAGGGGGAAUUCCUGGACAUAACAGAGAUCAAGCGGCAUCAGGCGGAGGAGUUUGAGUGCAUCACCAACAAUGGAGUGACGCAGCCCGACAUACGCAAAGUGAAGGUCACCGUCAACUACCCUCCCAUGAUCACAGACGUGAAGAACAUGCCAGCCCAGCUGGGCAAAACGGCUAUUUUGCGCUGUGAGGCCAUGGCAGUACCCACGGCCUCCUUUGAGUGGUACAGAGAUGACCGCAGGCCGGUAGAGAACGACAAUACUCUGAGGAUCAAGAACGAGAAGACGCGCUCACUGCUGCUCUUCACCAACGUGACGGUCAAACACUUUGGCAACUACACCUGUUUUGCCUCCAACAGGCUGGGAGCCUCCAACGCCAGCAUGCUGCUCUUCCGGCCGGGAGCCGUGUACGGGCGAGGCGUGGCCGUCAACGUGGGGGUGAGUGCGGGCAUCGGCUUCUGGCUUUGCCUCUCUGUCUCUCUCCUGAUGAAGGUCUAAGAGCUUUUCCUGGAAGUCCCGUCCCGCCUGCGGAAGGAAGAAGGAAUUUCUUUAAUUACGAACCCAUCACUGUGAAACAAAAAUGAUAUGCAUUAUUCCAGGAGCCAUUGACGCAUCGCAUCUCACACCCACACCAACUCCCCCCUAUUCCUCACCCCACUACCUCCCCCCUUGCUACCUAUAUUGCCACUAUCACCAUUAUUGCCACUAUCACCACUUCAUGCUGUUUCCAAUGAGGGUCACAUUGGUGAUGUCUAUGAUGUCUGUGUUUAUUAAGAAUGAUAAUUGUGAUGAUGAUGAUGAAAACAGAUAUUUAACACCAGAAUAAUACUAUUAUAAAUCUAAAUGAUGACUGAUCUACACUACUGUUGGUCUCAUAGACAUUUGAAAACUAGGAGUAACAACACUCCUAUUUAUGGUUGGAACUACUCUAUAAUAACAAUGAUUAGUUAUUAUGAUGAGGGUCACGUGACCUUGUUGAAAGCUGUCCAUUGGCCCGUUGGCCCUGUGACAUUUGACCCUAUGAUCACACAAGUACCGUUUUAUGUUGUUUUUAACCGUGUGGCAGUGUCUAGGACGCGGCUGCUACGAUUGAUGUCAAAACACACAUGAAGGGUGGGCGGUGGGGGUUCUAUAUAGUCUUCGCCCUUCUAGUGCAUCCUUUUGGGAUCGCAACCAAGACGAAGCACGUGAGAAGCCCCCCCCCAUCGUUAAGGUGGUUUGUGCUCUGUCUCGUGUGUAAAUAUAAUGCAGUACAGAAGCCAUGCCGUUACUAGAGGCAGUCUAUCCACAUCCAACCCUCCCAUUGGCAGUGGCUAAUGUGGAUCCUAAUCAAAUAUCCUAAUCAAAUAUCCAGCAAAAUGACAUUACCCAUCAGCCUCUAUUACAGUUUUCAUAACCAGGAAGGGACUGUAGAAAUAACAAUCGUGUCUCCUGCUUUGAAGGCGUUGACCAGUCAUCCUCCUUCCUUGUCGCUUGUUGAUUAGCAUGUACCGGUUAGAGAUGUUCCUGUCGUGAUACCUCCCUCCCACUCCCCCCCUCCCCUGCACUGUGUCCGUUUUACUCUGCAAGGUUAAACUGCUAUAACUUUUUUGGUGUUGAUAAUAAUACUGAUGAUGUUAAUAAGUAUUUAAAUAAAUAUGAAAAGUAAUUCCAUGUGAGAAAAAAAAAAAGAACACAUACUACUCCAGAGCUCAUGACGAGCCG